CUGAAUUCAAGAUGGUUGAGUAGCAAAGAAUUGUGGGGUUUCCUUUGUUAAAGUGGGAUCUUAACAGGUUAACAUUUGGCUUCUGUAUUAGAGCUCUGAGUUGGCAGUUUUAUUUCCCAGCUGCGGGUAAUCAGAGGCCCACCCUUGUUGUUGUUGUUUUGUGCCUUCACGCCCUGGAUUUGCACCAGGGGCAGAGCCUGCGAGAAGUUUGCCCAGAGCGCGCCUGGCAUUCAGUCCUCCAGCGGGGAAAGGAUCUGCGCUCUGCUUCCUAGAGAGGCAGGAUGUGGUCAUGCAAAUGGGAGGGAGGGAGGCAGACGAUAGCGAAGCAAACAGGCUUGAUUAAUUUCCUAAGAGGAGGAGGAGGAAGGCUGGAUCGUGGCCAAUCGCAAGAGAAAGGAAGACGUGCAGCAGUGGGGGGUCUGGUGAACUUUGAGGAGGAGGAGGCAGCAGCUGUGCAUUUCACGGAGGAGGAGUGGAUCUCCUGGAUCCGGGCCAAAGCGCUCCGCGCAGGGAAGCCAUGGAGGAGAAUUAUGAGAUUGGAGCCUCUUUCAAAUCGGAGCUGAAUUCCUGUUUGGAAGACGGAGAGGAUCUUCUUCAGGUUCCCAAAGAGGAGGAGACCUCAGCAGAACGAGACCUCGCUUCCUGUAAGGAAGAAGGAGAAAGUCUGUUUAUCCAGGUCCCCAAAGAAGAGGAGGAGGAGACCUCAGCAGAACCAGACCUCAUUUCCUGUUGGGAAGGAGGAGAAGAUCCGGUGAUGCAGGAACCCAAAGAAGAGGAGGAGACCUCAGCAGGAUACAUUUGGGGGGUCAAGGCUGAGGGAGAACCAUCUGAAGUAUCACUGGAAAAAGCUGAGGUGCAGGGGCAGAAACUGAGGAGUCAAGAUGGAGCAAAGAGACAAGAGGAGCGACAGACGCACACAGAGGACAAACCUCAUAAAUGCUUGGAGUGUGGAAAGAGCUUCACUCAGAGUGGCCACCUUACUUUGCAUCAAAGAACUCACACAGGAGACAAACCUUAUCAAUGCUUGGAGUGUGGAAAGAGCUUCAGUGACAGUAGCACCCUUAGUAAACAUGAAAGAAUUCACACAGGGGACAAACCAUAUCAAUGCUUGGAAUGUGGAAAGAGCUUCAGUCAGAGUGGCCACCUUACUUUGCAUCAAAGAACUCACACAGGAGACAAACCUUAUAAAUGCUUGGAGUGUGGAAAGAGCUUCAGUCGGAGUGACAACCUUACUUUGCAUCAAAGAACUCAUACAGGGGACAAACUUUAUACAUGCUUCGAGUGUGGAAAGAGCUUCAGUCGGAGUGACAACCUUACUUCGCAUCAAAGAACUCAUACAGCGGACAAACCUUAUACAUGCUUCGAGUGUGGAAAGAGCUUCAGUCGGAGUGACAACCUUACUUUGCAUCAAAGAACUCAUACAGGGGACAAACCUUACAAAUGUUUGGAGUGUGGAAAGAGCUUCAGUGACCCUAGUGCCUUUAGUAAACAUGAAAGAAUUCACACAGGGGACAAACCUUAUCAAUGCUUCGAGUGUGGAAAGAGUUUCAGUCGGAGUGACAACCUUACUUCGCAUCAAAGAACUCAUACAGGAGACAAACCUUAUACAUGCUUCGAGUGUGGAAAGAGCUUCAGUCACAGUAGCCACCUUACUUCGCAUCAAAGAAGUCACACAGGAGACAAACCUUACAAAUGUUUGGAGUGUGGAAAGACCUUCAGUGACAGUAGUGCCUUUAGUACACAUGAAAGAAUUCACACAGGGGACAAACCUUACAAAUGCUUGGAGUGUGGAAAGAGCUUCAGUCAGAGUGGCCACCUUACUUCGCAUCAAAGAAGUCACACAGGGGACAAACCUUAUAAAUGCUUCGAGUGUGGCAAGAGCUUCAGUCGGAGUGACACCCUUACUUUGCAUCAAAGAAGUCACACAGGAGACAAACCUUAUCAAUGCUUGGAGUGUGGAAAGAGCUUCAGUCGGAGUAGCAGACUUAUUUCGCAUCAGAGAACUCACACAGGAGACAAACCUUAUAAAUGCUUCCAGUGUGGAAGGAGCUUCAGGUGGAGUAGCGCCCUUACUUUGCAUCAAAGAACUCACACGGGACAAACCUUAUAAAUGCUUGAAGUGUGGAAAGAGCUUCAGUCGGAGUGACCACCUUACUUUGCAUCAAAGAACUUACUCAGGGGACAAACCUUAGCAAUGCUU